ACGGACCCUACGACCUUUUGUUUCUCUCUUCUCUAUUAAUACUAUAGUUUUCCUCAAACUCUCUGAUUAGCUCAUAAAUACUAAACCAGUUGACCAUUUUUUUCUGAUAAACAAUCAAUGGCAAGGUCACCUUGUUGCGAGAAGAACGGACUCAAGAAAGGGCCUUGGACAUCUGAAGAAGACCAGAAGCUUGUUGACUAUAUCCAGAAACAUGGUUAUGGUAACUGGAGAACCCUCCCCAAAAAUGCCGGUUUGCAAAGAUGUGGCAAAAGUUGUAGGUUAAGGUGGACUAAUUAUCUCCGACCAGAUAUAAAGCGAGGAAGGUUCUCUUUUGAGGAAGAAGAAACCAUUAUUCAGCUUCAUAGCUUCUUAGGAAACAAGUGGUCUGCGAUUGCGGCGCGUUUACCAGGAAGAACAGAUAAUGAGAUCAAGAACUUUUGGAACACUCAUAUAAGAAAGAAGCUACUUAGAAUGGGGAUUGAUCCAGUGACUCACAGUCCACGACUCGAUCUCCUCGAUAUCUCAUCCAUCUUAGCUUCAUCUCUAUACAAUUCAUCUUCACAUCACAUGAACAUGUCAAGACUCAUGAUGGAUACUAAUCGUCGUCAUCACCAGCAACAUCCAUUGGUUAACCCCGAGAUACUCAAGCUCGCUACCUCUCUCUUCUCUCAAAAUCAAAACCAAAACCUUGUGGUGGAUCAUGACUCGAGAACUCAAGAGAAGCAAACAGUUUAUAGCCAAACCGGAGUAAACCAAUACCAAACCAACCAAUAUUUCGAGAACACGAUUACUCAAGAACUCCAAUCUUCCAUGCCACCAUUCCCCAAUGAAGCUCGUCAGUUUAACAACAUGGAUCAUCACUUCAAUGGUUUUGGAGAACAAAAUCUUGUUUCAACUUCUACUACGUCAGUCCAAGAUUGCUAUAAUCCGUCAUUCAACGAUUAUUCAAGUUCAAAUUUUGUCUUGGAUCCUUCUUAUUCGGAUCAGAGCUUCAACUUCGCAAAUUCGGUCUUAAACACGCCAUCCUCGAGCCCGAGCCCGACUACGUUAAACUCGAGUUACAUCAAUAGUAGCAGUUGCAGCACUGAGGAUGAAAUAGAAAGCUAUUGCAGUAAUCUCAUGAAGUUUGAUAUUCCCGAUUUCUUGGACGUUAAUGGUUUUAUUAUAUAAUUCCAAGAAACAAAAUAAAACUCGAGUGGGAUACAGUUUUCUUUUUAUUCUUUGUUGUAAUCUUAAGACUUUUUUUUUUGUUUUUCCGAUUUGUUUACUUGUAAAAUACUGUUUUCGUUUUGUUGUUAAUUUGUUAUAUUUCUCUAGAGUUUAUAGCUAAUACCAUUUUUAAAAUUAUGGAGUUUCCAUUAUUGAUAUACACUUUAUAUUUAAAUAUUAAUAUUUG